GUCAACCGCACUUUUAAGAUCCAGUUCUUAAGUGUUGCAUGUGUGCUGUCAUGUUUUACAUCACUGACUUACCUUAGGAUCUUAUUUAGUCUUCUGACAGUAAUCAAGAUGAAGGGGAUCCGGUACCUGGCUUUCCUCGGGACUCUUUUCAUCACACAGACUGGAUUUGUGUGCAGUGACAUGGAGUUCCUGGAGAGGAAUGAGGGGGGUUCUGUGGUGUUUCCCUGUGAGGUGGGGCAAAGUAACCCUUUCCCUUACGGCGUCUACCUGAAGCGCAGCUGGCUGAAUAAAAUUGAAGUUCUGUUCAAGUUCACCAACACUGACUUCACCGUGGAAGAAAAUUAUGACAAGAAGCGCAUCAGUGUCAGUGGAGACCCGAGCACACACUCUCUGAAUGUGACCAUCUCUCAGCUGAGUGCCAGCGACACGGACCGCUACUACUGUGAGUUUGUGGUGGACAACCCUUCCUCUGAAGACAUAAGAAUACAUGGGAAGACUGAAUUCUUCCUCCUUGUUAAAGCUGACGCCCCUGGGUCUGUGGACAUUGGGUUGGUAGAGACGUGUUCUGGGGGCUCGGCUGUACUCCCCUGCCUCCCCCCCCAUGGGGAGGCCAUGGCCGUGGAGGGGGUGAGUCUGAAGCGGCAGAGGGGCCGGGGACCCGUGGAGGUGUUGUACAAUUCAAAGCACCAAUAUGGCAGCAGCCCCCCCUCCUCCUCCUCUCUGUUCCCCGUUGAGAGGGUGCAGCUGUCCUCGGCUCCGGGCCCCAGGGGCCUCACCUACAACCUCACCCUGCAGCUCCUGCAGCCGGACGACAGCGCCCUGUACAGCUGCCAGCUGCUUCUGCAGGGCGGGCCCCACACCAGCACCCGUCUGGGGAGACAAGUGUUCUUUGUCUCAGUGCAAGGAGGUCAGUGUGGCUGCUCCCGGUACUCCAUUCUGCUGUAUGCUUUGUCCUCAGCUGUGUUGGUUCUCCUCCUCCUGCUUCUCCUGGGAUUUGUGGUGAUUUAUAAAGGCAAAGCACGCCGCAGUGUCAGGUCACACCCUCAGGCCCCCAUCUACGAGGAGAUGACCGGGGUAAAGAACGGCAGUCGGAAACUGCCACCCCAAAAUCUGGAGGAAAUGGAGCCUUCCGAGUACACAAACUGCACUGUGAAGAACUCCUGUCCUCAAAACCAUUACGAAAGCCCGAGAGGGGCCCUCUGCCCCAGGAGUGGGUCUGAAUAAUGAAAUAUUAGAUCCUGUUACCGACAUGGUUUACUAAAACAUCUCACACUCUGCUACCUGAAACUCACUCCAUUCAGUGCUCUUAAGUUUCUCUAACAUAAUUGACCAGAAAGAUUAUCCACAUACUCUCUCUAUAUUAGUUGCAUCUGUUGACUGUUGGUAGUUUAAAGUCUUCUUGUGUUUUGAAGUUUUCUCAAGAACCUUUUUAAAUGUCUGUUUUUGGCCUUUUCAGCAAAUUAAAGUUGGCUUGUAGAAUUGUUA